AUGCCCCCCAAAAAGAUCAUUCGAGCUAAUCCUCCCGCGAUCGACCUCUCAGCGAUUCCGCCUUCCCUCCCUCCCUCCGUUGAAGAGGCCUAUCGGAGAAAAUGCAUUCAACUGAAGCAGCGCACCGGCGAGGUCGAGGAGGAGAAUGACGCGACGCGUGUGCGCCUGGCCCGCAUCCGACGGCAGAUUGAGAAGCUGCGCAUGGAGCGAGCAUUCCUUCUCGAGCAGCUGGCGAAGCGGACAAGCACCAAUGUGGAGGAUUCAGACGGCAGCCCGAGCCCACCCCCGACUGUAGGCCCUCCGCCAAGCCCACCUCGACGACAAAGCAGACUGCUGACACCAUCUCAGCCGCAAGAGAAGCCUCUGCGUACGAAACGCGGUCACCGCAAGCCCUCGGUCCUUGCCGAGAUCGAUUCCGCCGCAAAGAACAACUCCCCCAACCCUCUCAGCCAGAACGCCGCCACCAUCUCGCCGAGUUCCGAGACCUUCUCUCACACCCAGGGUGGUGACACGAGCCAGGGUGCCGACACUGCCCGCACUAACGGCGUCGCGAAGCCGCCCAAGCGCCCGGGUAACGCCUUUGACCUCUACUGCGGCGAGACGCGUCCGGCCCUUGAGGAGAAGAAGAAGGAGGACGACGCCGACCUCAACGUCGACGAGGAGCUGGCGCGCGGUUGGAAGGACCUGCCCGAGGGCGAAAAGGAAGAGUUUCAAGCCCGCUCCGAGAAGGAGAUGGCCAAGUACCAGAAGGAGAAGGACGCCUUCGCAGCCAAGAGCAAGAGCGCCGAGCCCAAGGAGGAGGAGGAUGAGCGCGAAAAGACACCGGAGCAGGCGCCCGCAGCUUCGCAAGACGAGGACGUGGAGAUGGGCAACUAUGACACCGAAGAUCAGCCCGACGAGACACCGGCGGCUGACGACAAGGACGAAAAGGCGGAUGACUGA